AUGUCCCAAGAGAAGAAAGGCAAGCGAGAGAUGGAUGGGCUUCUCCAGGCAGAUAUAGACAUGGAUGUGAAGGAACUCACAAAGAAGUGGACGUGGAUUGGGGUUGUUGUUACAGAUAAUGACAAUGGAGAGCGAUUUUUGCAAAUUGUCAUGCCACUAUUUUCUAGAAGUGGUGUCUGCUUUGCCUUCAUACAAAGACUUCCCAAAUUACGUUUUGUCACUGAAAUUAAUGACAUGUUACAGCAGGGGGCAAAAAUACAUGAUAAAGUGAUGGGCAGCAACACAAACAUUGUGGUGGUCUACACAGAAUCUUAUUCCAUGGCAUACUUUCUUUGGUUUCCAUAUCUAUCUGAACAAGAGCACAUGACAAAUAAUGUGAAUUCAAAGGUAUGGAUCACAACAUCUCAGAUGGAGUUCACUACAUUUGUCUUUCAAAGGAAUUGGGAUACAGGGAUAUUCCAUGGCACUAUAUCUUUCAGAAUCCACUCCAAUGACUUGCCAGGAUUUAAGCAAUUUCUUGAGAGCAGAAAUCCUUCCAGAACUAAAGAAGAUGGUUUUAUCCAGGACUUUUGGCAACAGGCCUUCGGCUGUGUAUUCCCAGAUAGCAUGGUGGGUAAUGUGGACAGAGACAUUUGCACAGGGGAAGAGAAGCUGGAGAGCCUUCCUGAAUCGUUCUUCGAAAUGGGCAUGAUUGGCCACAGCUACAGCAUCUACAAUGCUGUCUAUGCAGUGGCCCAUGCUCUACAUGCCAUGUCCUCAUCUAGAACUGACAUUGGUGCAAGGCUGGAGGGAGAAGGACCCAAGCUUCAGAAUCUACAGUUUUGGCGGCUCCAUCAUCUUCUGAAAGGUAUCUCAUUUAACAAUAGUGCUGGGGACAAGAUUUCCCUCAACCAGAAUGGGGAGCUGGUCAUAGGAUUGGAUGUGAUCAACUGGAUUAUGUAUUCCAACCAAUCUUUUCAUAGGGUGAAAGUUGGGAAGAUGGAUCCUGAGGCUCCACUAGAUCAAGCAUUCACUAUUGAUGAGGAUGCCAUAUCAUGGCAUGGCUGGUUUAACCAGUCCUUGCCUAUUUCCCUCUGCACUGAAAGUUGUGUUCCUGGAUCUCAUAAGAAAGUGAAGGAGGGGGAGCCAUUUUGCUGCUAUGACUGCAUCCAAUGUCCAGAAGGAAAGAUUGCAGACCAGGAGAAUAUGAAUGACUGUAAGAAAUGCUCAGAAAAAGACUAUCCAAGCGAAGGGCAGAAUUUUUGUAUCCCCAGAAUUGUAACCUUCUUGUCUUAUGAAGAACCUCUGGGACUCAGUUUAGCCUUUUUUGCAUUUUCCUUUUCUUUCGUCACAGCUCUGGUGCUUCAGACAUUUAUGAAGCAUCACAAUACCCCCAUAGUCAUAGCCAAUAACCAGAACCUCACCUACACUCUGCUCAUCUCCCUCCUGUUUUGUUUUCUUUGCACAUUGCUAUUUAUUGGCCUGCCUCACAAGGUGACCUGUCUCCUCCGACAAACUGUCUUUGGACUCAUCUUCUCAGUGGCUAUUUCUUGUGUAUUAGCAAAAACCAUAACUGUGGUCAUGGCUUUUAUGGCCACCAGGCCUGGAUCCAGCAUGAGGAAAUGGGUGGGGAAAAGACUGGCUAGCUCCAUUGUUCUUUCUUGCUCCCUCAUCCAAGGAGGCAUCUGUACUAUAUGGCUGGGAACCUCUCCCCCAUUCCCUGAUGUUGAUACGCACUCAGUGACUGAAGAAAUUAUUCUCGAAUGUAAUGAUGGUUCUGUGACUAUGUUUUACUCUGUCCUGGGGUACAUGGGCAUGCUGGCAAUUGUCAGUUUCACUGUGGCUUUCCUUGCAAGAAAGUUACCCGACAGUUUCAAUGAAGCCAAGUUCAUCACUUUCAGCAUGUUGAUGUUUUGCAGUGUUUGGUUAUUGUUUGUCCCCACCUAUCUCAGCACAAAUGGAAAAUACAUGGUAGCUGUUGAGAUCUUCUCUAUAUUGACCUCCAGCAUUGGUUUGUUGGUUUGCAUCUUUUCUCCCAAAUGUUAUAUUAUUGUUUGGAGACCUGAGCUGAACAAAAGGGAACAGCUAAUAAGAAGAUAA